AUGUCUCUGACAUACAAUUUCAGUGGUAAAGUGGUGCUGAUCACAGGCUCGAGUGGGGGUAUCGGUGCCGCCACUGCCGUACAGUUCUCCAGAGCCGGUGCUAAUGUUGUGGUCACCGGUAGACGAGCCGAUAAUGUGUCACAAGUGGCCAAAGAGUGUCUCAAAGUAUCACCGAAUAAGUCGCGGGCACUGGAAGUGGUGGCGGAUGUGACUAACAAUGAAGAUCUUAAACGACUUGUGGACACAACUGUCAAACACUUCGGGAAACUCGAUGUUCUGGUGAAUAACGCCGGCGCCGCUAUUAUGACUGGUGUCAGUGAUAAGCAAUACUACGAGAAUCAUCUGAGAGUAAUGCAAAUAAAUCUCAAUUCUGUGGUCUAUUUAACGCAUAUAUGUGUCGAGCAUUUGGAGAAAACAAAGGGAAAUAUUAUAAACAUCUCGAGUCUCGCGGGUAUGCGAACCUCUAUGUACGGCUCCUCCUAUUGUGCGUCUAAGUGUGCUCUCGAUAUGUUCACCAAAUGUAUGGCCGCCGAGUUGGGACCCAAACGUAUUCGGGUGAAUGUGAUCAAUCCCGGACCCAUCCGCUCCGGCUUUCUGACAGCUAUGGGUCUACCCAACGACGCGUCCGACAAAUUUCAUGACAAAUUGGGCCAAAUGUAG